AUGCUCGGCUCCUCCAGCAAUCCUGAACCGCCACUCCUCUCGCGGAUAAUCGGAGUACCUCCACCGCCUCCGCCACGAGCCCCAACUACAGCACUUGUACUUCGGGUGCCCACUGUCAACAGUCCGUCGAAAAAGAAGCAGCAGCCGGAUACUAGGAACAAAUAUCAAGAAACUGCGUUAAGAGAUAAAAAGACUCGGACACCACUCGAAAAAGCCAGACAUCUCGACAACCUUCCCUCGUACCAGGCCCAAAAACUAUUAGACGGUUCCCAUCAACUUCGCAUCGACUCCCACCACGUUGGAACCGCUGGUCACGGUGCAGGACAAGGCCACGGACACAAAAAAGAGUUCGGACCUGCCAUGAUUCUUUAUUAUUUGGCAUCUGCUUUUCGGGCGCUCUAUCCGCGUCUAGAUGAUGAUUUCGUCGACAAACUCAACUAUUAUUAUACUACUACAAUAUUAGCUUCCUUCGCACUUCUUGUCUCUGCCAAGCAGUACGUCGGUUUUCCCAUCCAAUGCUGGGUUCCUGCCACAUUCACAGAUGCAAUGGAGCAGUACACUGAGAACUACUGCUGGGUGCAGAACACCUAUUGGGUUCCCAUGCAAGAGGAUAUCCCGCGUGAAAUCUAUUCGCGAAGGAACCGACAAAUCGGUUAUUACCAAUGGGUGCCAUUCAUUUUAGCCAUCGAAGCACUUUUGUUCUAUGUCCCGUGCAUUCUGUGGAGAGGUUUGCUUUACUGGCACAGUGGAAUAAAUCUCCAAGGACUUGUCCAAAUGGCAUGUGACGCUCGUCUUAUGGAUUCUGAGGUCAAGACCCGAACCGUCUACACAAUGGCUCGCCACAUGCAAGACGAGGUUCAGCUUACCAACAUUGACCGACAAGCACAUAGCAGAAGUUGUUUUUCAAAUCUCCAGCUAGGUGCAAACUGUGGAAGACAUUGUGGGUGCUACGUCACUAUGCUCUACAUAGGAAUCAAGGUUCUCUACUCUGCGAAUGUGUUGCUCCAAUUCUUCUUGCUCAACCAUCUCCUUGGCUCUAACGACUUGGCUUACGGAUUCUCUUUGUUGAAAGAUUUGAUGCACGAGAUUGAGUGGGAGCAGACGGGAAUGUUCCCAAGAGUCACGCUUUGUGACUUUGAAGUCCGAGUUCUGGGUAACAUACACCGCCAUACCGUCCAAUGUGUGUUGAUGAUCAACAUGUUCAACGAAAAGAUCUUUUUAUUCCUCUGGUUCUGGUUCCUAACUUGUGGAAUCAUCACCGUCUGCAACACCAUGUACUGGAUUUUGAUCAUGUUCAUUCCUUCCCAGGGAAUGUCUUUCGUCCGUAAAUAUCUCCGUGUCCUUCCUGACCACCCAGCCAAACCAAUCGCCGAUGACGUCACGCUACGGAAAUUCACUAAUAACUUCCUCCGAAAAGAUGGUGUCUUCAUGCUGAGAAUGAUCUCCACCCAUGCUGGUGAACUGAUGAGCAGUGAGCUCAUUCUUGCCCUCUGGCAGGAUUUCAACAACGUCGAUCGGAGUCCUACACAAUUUUGGGAUGCGGAACACGGGCAGGGGACAAUAGACUGA